UCUCUGUUCAUGUAAACUUCCUGGAUGGGCAGCUCUUGCUAGCUAGCCAGCUAGCUAUCUAGCUAGCUAGCGUUUGCUUGGUCUUAAAUUAUCGGGCUGAAUUAAACAACUAAAAUCAUAUGACUGUUAUCAACGUAGUCUGGGCGUCUAAGUGUCUUAAAACACCAGUGUCUUUAGGUGCCGGCGGGGAGUAAAGUAAAGUGACAGCUGCCAGCGUUACAGCAGUUUAGCAGCAAACAUGAUGGCGUCCAGUUACAACGCGAAAGACGAGGAUGGACACAUCACCGUCUCCGGGCCCGGCGGAGGGACCUUGAAGAACAAGAAGCCCGACAACACUGCGUUCAAACAGCAGAGACUCCCCGCAUGGCAGCCCAUCCUCACAGCCGGCACCGUGCUCCCUGCCUUUUUCAUCAUCGGGCUGAUCUUCAUUCCCAUCGGCAUCGGCCUGUACGUCACCUCCAACAACAUCAAGGAGCUGGAGAUUGACUACACCGGGGUUGACAUGUCCAGUCCCUGCUUCAAUUGCUCCCAGAACUUCAGCUGGAACAGCACAAGGCCUUGUACCUGCACUAUACCCUUCUACCUGGAGCAGGCGUUUGAGAGCAAUGUCUUCAUGUACUACGGCCUGUCCAACUUCUACCAAAACCACCGGCGUUACGUCAAGUCGAGAGACGACAGCCAGCUGAAUGGAGACAUUGAAGCCCUCCUGAACCCCAGCAAGGAGUGCGAGCCAUAUGCAAGGAAUGAAAAUAAGCCAAUUGCACCAUGUGGAGCCAUCGCCAACAGCAUGUUCAAUGACACGUUGGAGCUUUUUUACAUCGACCCAAACGGCACGAAGAUCCAGAUUCCCCUGAUGAAGAAGGGCAUCGCCUGGUGGACAGACAAGCACGUGAAGUUCAGAAACCCGGGAGGAAACAACCCAAACCUCACCGCUGUGUUCCAAGGCACGACCAAGCCGGUCAACUGGCGCAAGCCCGUCUACGAGCUGGAUACCGACUCGGAGAAUAACGGCUUCAUCAACGAGGACUUCAUCGUGUGGAUGAGAACCGCCGCGCUGCCGACUUUCCGCAAACUCUACCGCAUCAUCCAGAAGAAGAACAGCAUGAUACCAACGCUUCCCCGGGGAAACUACACCCUGGAAGUCGUCUACAAUUACCCGGUCGGCAGCUUCGAGGGCCGGAAGCGCAUGAUCCUGAGCACCAUUUCCUGGAUGGGAGGCAAGAACCCGUUCCUGGGCAUCGCCUACAUCACGGUGGGCUCCAUCUGCUUCUUCCUGGGCGUCGUCCUGCUGAUCAUCCACCACAAAUACGGCAACCGCAACAACAGCGCUGACAUCACCAACUAAGACGUCCGCCGCGUUCCCGCUUGGCCCUGCUGCGGCCGCGAGGCAUCCGCUGGCCACAUCGGUCGACACGUUUUCCACAUUCAACAGCCGCUGUCGCUUUUAGAGCUUCGGGAAUGCCCUAGAGCGCCCGACGAGGGUCUUUGACCGAAACGUUGCACGUACAGUAAAUAUUAAGCAUGUGAACACAGUGCGUGGGUCAUGCAUUCGAUGUUUUUUUUUUUUAAGGUUUAAGAAAGUAAAAUUAUCUCUAGACGCCGGGCGGUGACUUGCCAAAGUGACUUGUAAAAGUAGCCAAACUUGCCAGCAACAGUCAGCAUUUAUCAUCAUUUCAUCUGCCGAGUAACUGGAUGUCAGCCAGUUCAUUUAGGCCUGCAUAGUUCAGUAAGGUGUUGAGAAUUUUAUUAAAGCCCCAGGUGUAGAAAACAGACUUUCAGUGGCUCUCGACAGUAAAAACAAGUCGGAAACAUUCAGAUAAAAUCACAAAAAAACUAAUCGAUAAAUAAGAGUCAUGAUAAAUUACACUUUUAUUGUCCUGAACCCUCCUCCUGAGGGAAGGGGGAGGCUGAACAGUGUGUGUCCUGGGUGGGUGCGAUCUUUUAAAAUACCACUGGCUUUUCUGUGGAGCCGGCCAGUGUGUAUAUGUCACCGAGAGGGAGGUUAAGUAGUCUUAGUCACCUUCUCUGCCGUCCUCACCACCCGCUGCAGGUCCUUUCUGUGCAGCUAACAAACCACAGCGUGCAGCAGUAAGUCAGGAGGCUCUCGAUGGCGGUGGCCCGGUAGAAAUGAAUCAACAAGCCUGAGAAAGAAGAGCCUCCGCUGGGCCUUCCCCACCUGAUGGGAGAUGUUUCUAGGCCAGGUGAGGUCAGCCGAAAUGUGGACUCCCAGGUAUUUGAUGCAGCCCGCCCUCCCUACCUCCUCUCCACGUGUGCAGAAUGCCCCACCCGCCUUGAUCUCCUGUAGCCUGUUAUCAGUCCCUUUGACUUUGUUGUGUUUAAUGGGAACGCCAUCGUGCCAGAUGUUGGAUCUCCCUCCUGUAGUCUGACUUGUUGUCAUCAGUCUUCACAUAUGAUGUACACAAUGCUGUAGCAGGCAUUGUGUACAUCAUAUGUGAAGAGGGAGUAGAGGAAAGUUGUUUUCGAACCAGUUUGUGGGGGAUUAUUGUGUCGAAUGCAGAACUGGAAUCGACAAACAGCAUCCUUCCCUAUGUGUUGCUGUGAUCCAGGCUGCGUGGAGAGCUGUUAUCACCGCAUCAUGUGUCUGUCUGUUUGUCCGAUAUGCAAACCGGUGUGGAUCGACAGCUUUCAUGUGUGAGAGAACUCGUCGUGAAACAUUUUGUCGGGGCUUGGCGAUGCUCAUCCAGGCGGUGGUUUCCUUGGGAACAGGGUCGAUGGCGGUCGCUUUAAGGCGUGUGGGAACGACGGCAUGUGGUCUGCACGGGCCUUAAGGAUCCGUCCGGAAACCCCAUCCGCUCCUGCCUUUUUCCUGAUGUUAACUCUGUGCAGGACGGAUCUGACCUGGUGGUGUUGGACCUCUGUCGUUUGGUCCGUCUCUGGUCGUGCAAAAUUUCGGGAAAUGUACAAAAAUUCUGCACGUUUUAUGUUGUGAUGUUUAGUUGACAGUCACAUUGCGCCAACGCCAAGCAAAACCUUCAAAUCCAGUCGAGAGAUUAAAUUCUGGGUUAAAUUCUGGUUAAUUUGGGGACGUUUCCAGAUUUCCCGCUGUCCCAUGUCCCAUGUCCGAUGUCUGGCAAGUGGCUGCAGUAAAGCUGAACUGGAACGUGGCCAUUGUUCGCCGAGAGUUGCAUGCUGGUGGCGAUUUGGAUGUGAUCAACAAAACUGGUGGAUCAGCUCAUCCUUGUGCCUCGCUUUGUACGUAUGCCUUUAAAAAAAAAAAAAAAAGAUAAAUAAAAUAAAAACAAGCUGUUGUUGAGUCGUGGCACUGUAAAACGUGCUGAGCGGGUUUGCAAGUUCUGUGUUUUGGAGGACAAACAUGAGUGUGUGGGAGCUGUAAUAGCAUGUUUUUAUCGUGCUUUUAAUUGUAUUUAUUUUGGAGUUUGUUUUUUUUUUUUUUUUUUUUUUAGAUGUUUCAUGCCUUCUGCAGCCAGUAUUUGCCUACAAGACCUCAAAGUUUUCAGAUAUAAAGUUGGCUUAAAGGCUUUUGUCUAGGCUUGAGUAACUUGAAAAUAUAUGCAAUUUUAAAAUGUCUACUUAAUUCCAGAAAAGAAUUGAUACAGCACCGCUGGUUUAGUCAUCGUAGUUUACAUUGAGUACAGAUAAAGCUCGAUAUUCUAAUAUGUUCAUGGCUAUUGAAUUAACAGUGCAAUAUGGUUCAUUACAUGUAGUUUGUCUGUUUUUGUCACAAAGUGGAUUUCAGGUCCAUUUCCACUGCAGAGUGUUAAUUUAACAUGCACAAGUAGUUUUCUCUAACUUCUACCUGAUGUUAACUUUCUGCCUUUACUGUUAUUUGUCGCCGUGUUUGUUACAUAUUUCACCAGCAGUUUGUUACAUAUUUGUUGCAUGGUGAAAUGUAAAAAAUAAGUCUUUUCUUUUAUUACAGUCACUUCAGUUUACUUAUUACUAAAUGGCGAUUUAAAAUUGCACUGAUACAUUUGUUUUGUAUAUCACUGCUUCAGAGAGAAUAUUUGUCAUAGUUGAAAAAUUAAAACAGCCUAUCUGUCUGUC